UGAAAGUUGGGAAGAGGUAGCGAGUUUCAGAGGAAUCAAUCAUUCAUUCCGUUAUCAGCAAUGGCGAAACACGAAGAACUUCCGGUUCCUAUUUACUCCUCUCUGGAGCCCGUCUACGGCGAAGGAUCUCAGCUCGAGGAAGCACAGCUCCGAUUCAACAAUUUGAAGGCCAAGUUCGAACAAGUCUUUGGCCACGCUCCUGACGUCUUCGCUCGAUCUCCAGGACGAGUGAAUUUGAUCGGAGAACACAUUGACUAUGAGGGGUAUUCUGUGUUGCCGAUGGCAAUCCGGCAAGAUACUAUUGUGGCCAUCCGUAAGCGCGGUGCAGGAGAGGAGAAGGUUCUCCGAAUUGCCAAUGUCAACGAAAAGUACAGCAUGUGCAUUUACCGUGUUGAUCCUAACCAGGAAGUUGACUUGAAAAAUCACAAAUGGGGCCACUAUUUCAUUUGUGGAUAUAAAGGUUAUUAUGAGUACACUAAGUCAAAAGGAGUGAAUGUUGGUGAGCCGGUUGGUCUUGAUGUUCUUAUUGAUGGAACAGUGCAUACAAGUUCUGGCCUAUCAAGCUCUACGGCAUUUGUUUGCUCAUCUACAAUUGCCAUUAUGGCUGUUUUUGAUGUAAAUUUCCCCAAGAAAGAAAUUGCCCAACUUACAUGCGAUUGUGAACGACACAUAGGAACGCAGUCUGGUGGGAUGGACCAGGCAAUCUCUGUCAUGGCCAAAUCUGGAUUUGCUGAGCUCAUUGAUUUCAACCCUAUUCGUGCAACUGAUGUGCAACUUCCUGCUGGAGAAACCUUUGUGAUAGCCAAUUCCUUGGCAGAAUCUCAAAAGGCAGUUACUGCUGCCACUAAUUAUAAUAACAGAGUUGUUGAAUGUCAAUUGGCUGCUGUAAGUUCUGUUUCCUGAAACCUGGUCACAAAAAAUAGUUUCUAGUCUUUUCAUAUAAAGGUGAGGAGUACAAAAAUAAGCGUGAUUGUGUGUGCAUCUAAGCUAUAAAAUAAACCGCCUUGUUGCUGAAAGACAUUGUCUCAUGCAUACUUGCACUAGAGCUAGCAGAACAAGGGAGGAAAUGUAGAAAUUGCAACUUGUAUGGUCUCAUGAACGUAGGUUUCUAUUGUAAUUGUUUUGUACUUACUAUAUAUUUGCUGGAAAUAGAUUGUGCUUUGUAUAAAGCUGGGAAUGAAGCCACAAGAAGCAAUAUCCAAAGUCAAAACUCUUUCUGAUGUUGAAGGGUUAUGUGUAUCAUUUGCUGAAGGUUGUGGUUCUUCUGAUCCUGUGCUUGCUGUCAAGGAGUAUUUGAAGGAGGAGCCAUAUACAGCUGAAGAAAUUGAGAAAAUCACUGAGGAAGGUCUGCCAUCCAUCUUGGGAGAUAAUCCAACUUCAUUGGAUGUGCUAAAAGCUGCCAAGCACUUUAAAUUACGUCAGAGAGCUGCUCAUGUGUACUCUGAAGCCAGGCGGGUUUAUGCAUUCAAGGAUACUGUUUCAGCAAGCUUAAGUGAGGAGGAGAAGCUAAAGAAGCUUGGUGAGCUUAUGAAUGAUAGCCAUCACAGCUGUAGCGUUCUAUAUGAAUGCAGCUGCCCAGAGCUCGAAGAAUUAGUUAAAGUAUGCCGAAAUAAUGGUGCUUUGGGUGCAAGGCUUACCGGGGCUGGGUGGGGUGGUUGUGCAGUGGCUCUAGUUAAAGAAAGUAUUGUGCCGCAGUUCAUCCUCAAUUUAAAGGAAUCAGGAACAAUUCUACCAUUCGAGAAUAGACAAAGGUGUGAUCAACAAGAAUGAUAUUGGACUCUAUGUGUUUGCUUCCAAACCAUCAAGCGGUGCUGCAAUUUUCAAAUUUUAGUCAGUUAAGCUGUCCUUAGUGCUGUUAGAUGUGAAGAUACCAUAUAAUAAUUUCCCUACUUCAGUUGAAUAAAACUCUCAUCCUAACCGGGUUUGGUUUUUGGUUUAAAUAAUUACGUAACCCAAAUAUUUGUUCAAUCUAACAAGAUUUCAUUCUUUUUGACAAGAAAUUGUGACUUUGUACAUGCAAUGUGAAAUUUGCUUAUAAAUUUCUUAUAAUCCUAUAUGUGGCGAAGAAUGCUUUGGUCUUUCUUUUUGAGGUUCUUUUGUGCCCAACAACCUCUUUCAGUUGGAGACUUGGUCAUAGCAUAAUACUUUUCUGUGACACAGUAUUAAGGAUUGAAAGAACAAAAAGGUUUUACACGGGGCUGGGUCGAAUCCAGUCCAGGGGAGGGGGAGUGCACCAUAGAGUGGCUAUUGUCACUUGGUCCGAAAGGUUCGUUGUUUUUUAUAUAAUAAUUAAUAUUUUAUAAU